AUAGAACACGUGCUUGUGGGCACACAGUUUAACCAAUUUGCCAAAACAAAUGACAAAGUAAGUUCACAGCGUUUGCUGUAAAUCAAAAUGCCGUGGAAUACCGAUCCCAAAUGGCUGAUCAACGUGGCCUCAUCCGUUCCACUGGAUUUGACGAAAAACCCAAGGGAAGAAGUGCAAAGCAGUGCAGAAAAAAAAGUUACGUCGAUUUCACCGAUUCGUAUAAAAAAGAAGCCUUCAAAAACCGAAAAAAGGAAGUCACUGUUGAAGGUAGUUAAAAAGAGCACAAAAAAGGAGGCGACAGGUCCAACAUCUACAAAAGUUAGAGCAGCGGCUAAGCUUAAAAAGCCGAAUACCGAAGCGCCCGCUGAGGCGCCACAGCAAGAGGAACAGCCGAGCGUCUCGGGACCCGGGAAGGUCAAGCAGGAGCCGGAGACAACGAUAACAGAAUCGCGCGGCUUUUUCACGGAUGUGAUUGAUGAGACUCUGUCCAGCCUAAAUAAUAAUGACGAUAUUUCGUUAUCUGAGCUCAUGUCACUGGUCAAGAUGAGGGCGCUUUGGGAACAGAAAUACAAUGUGGAGGAGCGCAAGCCCGUAUCCAAUCGCUCAGCGUCGCCGCCACCGCCACCGCCGAAACGCAAACGCAAUCCGAUUCAAAAGCCGGUCAAAGAGCGGCGCAUGAACGAUAAGGAUGCGGAAGAAGCUAACAAAUUUUGGAACUUGGAUGAUCUCGAGGACAAUGAAAUUGUGGAGAAUCAGAUUAGCGUACCGCCACUGAGAACGCAGUUUGAAUGUCGUCGGUUCGACAUUAUGAUGCCGGCGUUUGCCAUGAAGCAGAACUUGAUUCAGCCGCUUUUUAAUUGGGAGUUGCUGAACAGGAUUAUGCCGCCGCCAGUAGAGGAGGGUACGAAAAUUUUGCAGCAAGUCGUCAAUGAGAUGCUACUUCAGUAUCAACAAGGAUCAGUAAAGCCCACAUAGUUAAGUUGUUAAUGGAAAUGGGUUUAUAUGUUUAUUUCUUUGUAAUUACCUAUUUUUCUUGUUACACAUGUAUAAGUAUGUAUAUAAAAUGUAAGUUUGGUAUUUCUGACAUUAGCGGUCACACUAUUCUAACGGGUCCGUUCCAAACUGGCGUGAUCGCCCGCCAGCCGGCCUGACCUUGAAAUUUGUUCGUUCAAUUUGCUUUCGGCUUUGCAAGCUGCAAGCCAUAUUCUUUUGUUACUUAUUUUCGUUUUUGGUUCUCUUGUAAAAAUUUGAAUAAAAGUCUUUUAGUUAAACCGUUA